AUGUUGAGUCCGACCGCCGCCUCCUUGACGUUGAAGCUGGAGUCCACCGCACCCAAGAUCGACGGCGAAGCUGGUGCAAAUGACGAAGAGCAGCACGAGGAUGCCAGCAGCGGGUUGUCGCUGCCCUCCUCCGGUGAAACGAGCAACGUUCGCCACUGUGCAAGGCGUGGGUGUGGAUACGAAGUUCUUGGGGCUGCCGGUGGUUUUACACCACCGUUGUUGGUGUUUCCGAUCGGUACAUGCCACCGUAGUGGCUGGGUUGGGAGUGAUUCGGUUUGGAAUACCAAGAACAACCACCGCCACCUCCGUGAGGUGGUGGCUGCCACCAUGAACCACCGUGUUUUUGGGAAAAGUCAAACCACCACCGUAUGGUGGUGGCUGCCGCCUCUUGCCGCCACCGACCGCCGUGUCGGAUGA